AUGAUUAAGAAAGUCUUCGACCUCAAAUUCACUGGAGCUAUGAUCCCCAGAUACACCUUCUCUCAAAAAAAUCACAAGGUUGUUCUCUUCCCUGGUCACGGUAUUGGUCCUGAAAUUUCUCAAGCUGUUUGCGAUAUUUUCGCUGCCGCUAAGGUACCUAUCGAUUGGGAACACCACGAAAUCUACACCAAGCCUAUCAAUGAGGCUGGUGAUCUCAUCAAGGAAGAAUCCCUCAAUGCUGUUAUUAACUAUAAAUGGGGUCUUAAAGGUCCUUUUGCUACUCCUAUUGGUAAGGGUUACAGAUCUUUGAACGUCACAAUGAGAAAGAAAUUAAACCUCUUCGCUAACGUUCGUCCCUGCAGAUCUCUCGCUGGUGUCAAGACUCCCUACUCUAAUGUUGACUUAGUUACCAUCAGAGAAAACACCGAAGGUGAAUACUCAGGUCUUGAACAUGCUGUCGUUCCUGGUGUUGUUGAAAAUUUGAAGAUCAUCUCUCAACCUGCUUGCGAAAAUAUUGCUCGUUACGCUUUCGAAUUCGCCAGAAAGAACAACAGAAAGAAAGUUGUUGCUUGUCACAAGGCUGGAGUCAUGAAAAAGGGUGAUGGUUUAUUUAUUAAUACUUGUAAGAAAAUUUCUUCAGAAUACCCUGAAAUAGAAUACACUGAAGAAUAAAUCGAUACCGUCUGCAUGAAGUUAUCUAAGAACCCCGAAGUUUUCGACGUCAUGGUCAUGCCCAACUUGUAUGGUGAUAUCGUCUCUGAUUUAUGUGCUGGUCUUAUUGGUGGUUUAGGUUUAACUGCAUCUGGUAAUAUUUCCCACACCUGCGCUGUCUACGAAGCUGUCCACGGUACCGCUCCCGAUAUUGCAGGUUUAAACAAGGCUAACCCCACUGCUCUCCUUCUCUCUGGUGUUAUGAUGCUUAAAGCUAUGGGUCUUCAAAAGGAAGGUUUUGCUAUUGAAGAAGCUGUUAUUAAAACAUUAUCUGAAGGUAAAUUCUUGACUGGUGAUUUGGGUGGUAAGGCCACUACUACUGACUACACCAAGGCCGUUAUUGGACAUAUUAAUCUUUGA